AUGCCAAGCGCAAAGUACCAAGAAGUCUACGCCAAGACCCGGGAGAUCAAGAGCGGUCCCUCCAACGACGAGCAGCUCGACUUGUACGGAUGGGCCAAGAUCGUCGAGGGAAAGGACAUCGAGUCCCAGCCUAAGCCCGGCAUGUUCGACAUCAAGGGCAAGAAGACCCGCGAGAGGUGGCAGAAGUUCGUCGACGAGGGCGUUACCCCCGAGCAGGCCGAGAAGAACUACAUCGAGUUGGCCGAGAAGCUGAUCGCCCAGUACGGCUCUUAG